AUGUUAAGCAUUAAUAAUGUUGAGCCGGAGGAGGUGCGGGCUGCUUUAUUUUCUAUAGGCAAAGAUAAAUCCCCUGGUCCGGAUGGCAUGAACCCUGGUUUCUACCAAGCCUUCUGGGAUGUUAUCGGUAAGGAUAUCACUUCUUUUGAGCUUAAUUGCCUAUCCCAGUUAUCUUUCCCUGAUUGCUUGAAUGAUGCAAACAUUGUCUUGAUCCUUAAAAAAUGUGUUCCUGAGCAUGUUUCUGAUUUACGCCCGAUCGCUUUGUGCAAUGUUAUAUAUAAGAUUAUGGCUAAGAUGUUAGCGAAUCGUAUGAAACCCCUGCUAGAGAGUAUUAUAUCAGAUUCACAAAGUGCGUUCCUUCCGGGUAGAUUGAUCUCGGACAAUAUUCUGAUUACUUUUGAGGUUGGCCAUUACUUGAGGAGGAAGCAGUUAGGCCAGUUAGGGUGGGCCGCGCUAAAACUUGAUAUGGCAAAGGCAUAUGAUAGGAUGGAGUGGUCUUUUGUGAAUGAUAUGCUUGUGGGUCUAGGUUUUGAUGCUAAAUGGAUACAGUUGAUUAUGUUGUGUAUUCAAACCGCACUGUAUAGGGUAUUGGUGAAUAGCAGGCCUACGGAGGAGAUUGUGCCUACAAGGGGAUUACGGCAGGGGGAUCCCUUGUCACCCUAUUUGUUCAUAAUCUGUGCAGAAGGACUAUCUUUGCUUUUGCAGGACUCACAAACAAAAGGUCUUAUUCAUGGAUGUAGGGUGGCCCGGGGGGCACCACCGAUCUCACAUUUGUUUUUUGCAGAUGACAGCUUGCUCUUCUUUAAAGCUAAUCUGCAGGAAGCAUUGGAAGUUAAAAGAUGUUUGAGUGUUUAUGAGUCUUUUUCUGGCCAAGCGGUGAAUUUCCACAAAUCAAGCAUUUCGUUCAGCCGAAAUACACAUGAGGAGAUACGGGAACUUGUUUCAGGGGUUUUGACGGUUUCUCAGGCGGAGGAUUUUGGGAAGUACCUAGGGUUGCCUUCCGUUGUUGGCAGGAACAGGAGGGCGGUUUUUGCUUACAUUGAGCAAAAGCUGAGACAGAGAUUUGGCUCGUGGAAUAAGAGGUUACUAACUAAGGCAGGUAAGGAAGUUUUUUUGAAGAGUGUUGCACAGGCUAUGCCAACUUAUACUAUGAGUAUUUAUCUACUUCCGAUCACUUUAUGUGUUUCUUUAGAGAGACUGAUGAACAGGUACUGGUGGGGGAAGGGUGGUAAUGACAGUAGCAUACAUUGGUUGGCCUGGGACAGGAUGUGUAAGCCGAAGAAGUAUGGUGGAAUGGGCUUUAAACGUUUACAUGAGUUUAAUCUAGCCCUAUUGGCUAAACAAGGGAGGCGGCUCCUUACAAAUCCCACAUCUUUAAUGGCACGUGUUUUUAAGGCAAGGUACUUCCCGACUACUUCUUUUUAUGAGGCUGCUAUGGGUGGUAACCCAAGCUAUGUUUGGAGAAGCAUUAUGGCCAGCCAAGAUUUGUUAAUGUCUGGAUGCAGGCGCAGAAUUGGAAAUGGUAUGUCUACGCAGGUUUGGACGACUCCUUGGCUUCCGGAUCGCCAGAAUCCUUAUUUUGAAACUGAUCAAGUACAUAACGGCCACCCAAUGUUAGUUUCAGAUUUGAUUGAUGCCCACACGGGUAGCUGGAAUCAUGAUUUUUUGCACCAGAAUUUUAAUUCACGGGAUACAGGGCUGAUUUUGAAAUUGCCUGUGAGUAUGGAUUAUGAGGAUAUAUGGUAUUGGGAAGGGGAUAUAAGGGGAUGUUAUUCGGUUAAAGAUGGUUAUAGAAGGUUGGGAUUCUUGAAAUCGAACCCUUCACCUGUAUGGAAUAAUGUUUGGAAGCUGCAGGUUCCCCCCAAAUGGAAGGUGUUCCUAUGGAGAGCCCUUUUGAAUAUAUUGCCCUCUCUUGAUAAUUUGAUAAAUAGGAGGGUCGAUAUAAUUAAUAUUUUUCCGUCUUGUGGCUUAGUUGAGGAGUGUGUUAUGUAUAUAUUUUGCUCGUGCCCAUAUGCUAUUAAUGUUUGGCAACUUUCUCAGAUUCAAAUUCCCCCUUUUGCUAACAGGAAUUUUUUACAGUGGACGGAGGAAUGGCUUGGUGGUGCAACAGGAUAUACACGUGAGCUACAAGGUAGAAUUUGUGGCAUUCUCCAUAGCAUUUGGGAUGCUAGGAACUCGGCAGUAUGGGAGUAUGUCUUGCCAUUGCCGAUUUCGCUUAUGAGGCGACACUUGGCGCAAUGGUCUUCGUGGAUGGAUAGUCAGCAGAGCCAUGUUGGCGAGUACAGCAACCGAACCGUUUCAACACAUGCACAAAUUGUUACCACGACGCCCUUGUUCCAUUGUUAUAUUGAAGCCGGUUUUCACGACCCCCGACAUACCGCGGCUUUUGGUUUUGUAGCCUUGGAUUGCGAUUCCUCCUUUGUGGCAGCGGCUAAUGGAAGCCAUGUCCGUAUGAUCCCCUCUUAG